AUGUCUGCUCCUCCGGCUGAGUUCCUCAUCACCGGGCAGGCUGCUCUGGCAAGCCCCAGUCCAGCACCCCUCCUCACCCAGGCAGACUCCAGGGACAAGUGGAGGAAAAAGAUGGAUUUCCUUUUGUCAGUGAUAGGAUUUGCCGUGGAUCUGGGCAACGUCUGGAGGUUCCCUUAUAUCUGCUACCAGAAUGGAGGUGGUGCUUUUCUCAUCCCAUACAUCUUGAUGGCCGUUUUCGGAGGGGUGCCUCUCUUUUACAUGGAGCUGGCUCUCGGACAGUUUCAUCGGGUAGGAGCUAUACCCAUCUGGAAGCACAUCUGCCCCAUCUUUAAAGGUAUCGGUUUUGCCAUCUGCAUCAUUGGCCUGUAUGUCUCAUUCUACUACAACACCAUCAUUGCCUGGGCCCUCUAUUACCUCUAUUCAUCCUUCACCCACACCUUGCCCUGGACCAGCUGUGACAACCCCUGGAAUACGCCCAACUGCACCAGCUAUUUUGGCAAGAGCAACGUCACCUGGACCAACCACUCCAAGUCGCCAGCCGAGGAGUUUUACGUGAGGAAGGUUCUGGAGCUCCAGAACUCGCAGGGCCUGUCCGACGUGGGAGGCAUCCGUUGGCAGCUGCUCCUCUGCCUCUUCCUCAUCUUCACCAUUGUCUACUUCAGCCUUUGGAAAGGGGUAAAGACCUCUGGGAAGGUGGUGUGGGUGACAGCCACCCUGCCCUACGCUGUCUUGCUCAUCCUGCUGAUUCGUGGAGCGACUCUGCCGGGAGCCUGGAGAGGGAUCGUCUUCUACCUGAGACCCAACUGGGAGAAGCUCACCAGCACAGCCGUUUGGGUCGAUGCUGCCGCCCAGAUCUUCUUCUCCCUGGGGCCAGGAUUUGGUGUCCUCCUUGCUCUGUCCAGUUACAAUCCAUUCCACAACAAUUGCUACCGGGAUGCCAUCAUCACCAGCGUGGUCAACUGCCUCACCAGCUUCCUGUCAGGGUUUGUCAUUUUCACCGUCUUGGGAUACAUGGCAGAAAUGAGGGAUGUGGAAGUUGAGGAUGUUGCAAGAGACAAAGGGCCCAGCCUCCUUUUCAUCACUUACCCCGAAGCCAUCGCCAACAUGGUCGGCUCCACUUUCUUCGCCAUAAUCUUCUUCCUCAUGAUGAUAACACUGGGACUGGACAGCACGUUUGGGGGCCUGGAGGCUAUGAUUACAGCAAUAAUGGACGAGUACCCCCACCUCCUGGCCAAGCAACGGGAGCUGUUUGUCCUGGGGCUCAUCACAACCUGCUUCCUGGGCUCUGUAGCCACUCUGACCAGUGGCGGGUCAUACAUCGUGAAACUCUUGGAAGAGUUUGGUGCCGGCUGCUCCAUCUUAGCAGUGGUGCUCCUGGAGUCCAUUGCAGUCUCCUGGUUUUACGGGAUCCAGCAGUUUUGCAAUGAUGUGAAGGCAAUGCUGGGAUUUGCUCCAGGAAUCUAUUGGCAGGUUUGCUGGGCUGCUGUCAGUCCAGCCUUUCUAGCAUUCAUCAUUGCCAGCUCCCUCCUGGACCAGCCUCCCCUCACACUCUUCGACUACCAGUACCCAGACUGGAGCAUCUUGGUGGGCUACCUCAUCGGAGCCUCAUCCUUCAUUUGCAUCCCAGUCUACAUGGUCUACAAGCUGGUCUGGACCCCGGGAUCUCUUAAGCAGCGCCUGGCAGUCUGCCUUCGGCCAGAGAGGAGAGCCCAAGAACAGCCCAUGGAGCCUGGGCUUGUGCCACCGGCCCCCUAA